AUGGCCUUCAACUCGACGGCGGUCUUGGCUUGUUCCUCUUCGACUAUUCCACUGCCAACCGUUUUCGGCACCGAGAUCCUCUCUUUGGAGGCUACCCAAGUCAGCAACUUCAGCCGAAAUGUUGGCACGGGGCUGUACAUGAAUCACGCAGGCGUAGACGUCCAAGGAGCCAACUUCUGCAACGUCUCCAUCUCAUACACCCACCCUGGUCAGAACGACACUGUAAACGUGCAGAUGUUUCUCCCUUCCGAAGGCUGGAAUGGUCGCAUGCAGGCCAUUGGUGGCAACGGCUGGCAAGCUGGGCUCAACUUCGUCACGCUGGCAGGCAUGACUGCAGCCAUGGGUGAGGGUUACGCUUCUCUCUCGACCGACGCCGGUCUUGGAACUGCCGAGUCUGCAACCUGGGGGCUCCUUAGCCCGGGGAACCCCAACCGUUACUUGCUCCAGAACCUCGCCGCUACCACUCUCAACGACCUCUCUCUCAUCGGCAAGAACCUCAUCAACAGUUUCUACGGCGGCCCGCCUGUGCACUCUUACUUCAAUGGCUGCUCCCAGGGCGGCCGCCAGGGCAUGAUGCUCGCGCAACGAUACCCAGAAGCCUUUGACGGUAUUGCUGCGUCUGCUCCGGCCAUCAACUGGAGUCAGCUCUUUGUGGGAGAUCUCUGGGCCAACGUAAUCAUGAACACGGAGGGAAUUUUCCCGCGAGCCUGUGAGAUGCAAGCCAUCAACGAAGCUGCCAUAAAAUCUUGCGAUGCCAACGAUGGUCUUGUCGAUGGCCUCAUUGCCGACCCCGACUCUUGCGAUUUCGACCCCCUGACCCUCGUUGGUACCAGCAUCAACUGCACCGAGACGGGCAAGGACAUGACCAUUUCCGCUGGGGCUGCCCACCUCACACAGCAACUUUGGGAUGGACCGAAGAAGGCCGAUAACACUUCCACGUGGUUUGGGUUCCCCAAGGGUACCGUUCUAUCCUCUACCGAUACAUCUUCCGGCGGCACCGUUGCCCUGACGACCUGCACCGACGACGGCAUCUGUCAUGCCUCUCCUUUGGUCCUCUUGACUGACUGGGUAACCAAGUUUGUUCUCAAGGACGACACCAUCGACAUCUCCAAGCUCACGCGCAAAGAUUUUGAGACCUUGUUCCACGCUUCCGUCAACGAGUACAGCAGUGUCAUCGACACCAAUGACCCAGACCUUUCCGCCUUUCGCGCUCGCGGCGGCAAGAUUGUGGGCUAUCACGGCCUUGCGGACAGUAUCAUCACCCCGGCAUCGACGACGCACUACUACGACGCCGUGACCGCCCGUGACGCCGACGUCCACGACUUCUACCGCGUGUUCCUCAGCCCCGGCCUCGGCCACUGCUUUGGCGGGAACGGCGUAUUCCCCACGGGAACCUUCGACGCCAUGCGCGCGUGGGUCGAGAACGGUACUGCGCCGGAGACGCUGAGCGCUGUCAGUGUCGGCACCUCGCCCGUUCUGAACCGCACUCUGUGUCCCUACCCACUCAAACAGACUUAUGAUGGCGUUGGAAACGCCACAAACGGCGAGGGAUUUACUUGCGCUUAA